UUUUGUUGAUGGGAUAAAUAUAAUUUACGCCUAUUUAAAAGUAGUUACAGUACAUCUGGAGAUAAAUAAACAAAAUAAAAGGCACAGGAAGGUCAGGUAUAAACUUUAGCAAUAGGAAAACUUUGCAAGAUGCUUUUGUUUUAUGCUCACAUUUCCUCUCUGAUGCAAAUGUUCAAACAGCACUGAAUUUUCUUUCAUGGUGAAGAGACAUAUGUUGCGUUACAUCAUGGGGUCCUCUCUGUGUUGGGGGCUUCAAAACGAGACACUAGAUGGCAACCAAGUUAAGAGGGAGAAUCGGUGAGUGUGUAUGUGAGAGGAGUGUGUGUGUGUGUGUGUGUUUCUGUGUGUGUGUGAGAGAGAGCGAGCACUGGGGAGAGGUAGUAGCGAGGGGGGUGAAUUGCAUCGGUGUGGGACAGUGGAGGGACGGUCUGCUCAUGGCACACAGCUUGCAGCUGGAGCAGAGCUGCAGAGAGGGGAGACAGCUGACGACGACGGACUCUUAUGCACAGGUAAAAACCUGGUCCACCACAUUUGGACGCACAAGGUCAAUACUGAACAGAGUGAACCUGUAGAUUAGAUCACUGUCACCAGGUGAGAACAGGUCUGCAGUGGAGGGAAAGCGAGAAAAGAUGUGGUGCGUCCGUGGCGCCACUGGCGCGCCGUGCGGGAACAGAGUGAUCCACGGCCACGCGCUGACACCCAGCAUUUAGAUGGCUCCAACAUUUGGGGUGCAAAACAGGUGCCAGGGAAGUGUCGUCACGAACCCCGGAAGCCGGAGGAGGUGGGAACAUCAGAGGGAAAGAUGGCAGCGAAAUCCGAUGGUCGCGGGGUCGUCACCGGUUUCGCCCAGCUGCACAACCUGGACGAGGUGGUGGGGACCGGGGAGGACGAUGAUCGGAACGGUAGCUCAUUCCACAUCUGCCACUGCUGCAACACCUCGUCGUGCUACUGGGGUUGCCGGAGCGCCUGCCUGCAUUACCUCCGGGGGAAGGGGAAGGGGAGAGAUGCGGCGCGGCCACCGCAGGAGGAGCGCCUCUGGCUGGACUGUCUCUGGAUCAUCUUGGCACUGCUGGUCUUCUUCUGGGACGUGGGGACCGAUUUGUGGCUGGCCAUCGACUAUUACCACAAGCAGGACUUCCUGUGGUCAGGCCUGACCCUGUUCUUCGUGCUGGUGCCCUCGGUCCUGGUCCAGAUCCUGAGCUUCAGGUGGUUUGUGCAGGAUUACACUGGGGGCGGGCUGGGCUCCGUGGAGGGGCUGAGCAGUCGCAGAGCUACAGCCUGUCUCCAGAGAGACAGGUGCUGUCGCCUCUCUGUCUGGGUCUGGCAGACCGUCAUACACAUCUUUCAGAUGGGACAAGUGUGGAGGUACAUACGCACCAUGUACCUCGGCAUACAAAGUCACCGGCAGAAGGAGAAUCAGCGGCGUUUUUACUGGGCUAUGAUGUAUGAGUAUGCUGAUGUCAACAUGCUGCGACUGCUAGAGACCUUCUUAGAAAGUGCCCCUCAGCUGGUGCUGCAGCUCUGCAUCAUGAUCCAGAGCAACAAUGCUGAGUGGCUUCAGUGUGUUUCUGCCAUGUCCUCCCUCCUGUCCCUGGCCUGGGUGCUAGCCUCUUACCACAAACUCCUGCGUGAUUCGCGUGAUGACAAGAAGAGCAUGAGUUAUCGAGGUGCCCUUGUGCAUCUUUUGUGGCGUCUUUUUACCAUCUCCUCUCGGGUGCUCUCCUUUGCCCUGUUUGCCUCAGUUUUCCACAUCUACUUUGGCAUUUUUGUGGUGCUCCAUUGGUGUGCCAUGGCUUUCUGGGUCAUCCAUGGCGGCACCGACUUCUGUAUGUCCAAGUGGGAGGAGGUACUGUUCAACAUGGUGGUGGGUGUGGUCUAUGUAUUCUGCUGGUUUAAUGUACGUGAAGGCCGGACACGGUAUAGAAUGGUGGCCUAUUACAUAGUAGUAUUGUUGGAGAACGUCAUCCUCAGCUCCCUCUGGUAUGCGUACCGUGAUCCAGCCACCACUGACGCCUAUGCCUCUUUUGCCCUAUGUGGCGUCUUCCUGUGCUUUGCCUCAGGUGUGGCUUGUAUGGUUCUCUAUUAUGGGGUCCUACACCCAAUGGGCCCCCGGCUGAGGGUCCUGGCCAGUUCCUGUUGUGCUGAGCUGCUGUGGGGCCUUCCACUACCCCCUGAAGCUGAGCCCAUGGCUCCCACACCAGGCCCUCGUGGCUCUCAGGCCACUCCCACAAGGGGUCUGGCUGGGGAAUAUGUGGAGUCAGAUGAAACAGCCACGGACACCUGCCUUCCGGUUUUCCAGGUGAGGUCCACUGAACCUGUGGAUUCAGCCGGCAGACCCAUCCAGCCUGAGGGUCCUCUCAUCAAGAUAGACAUGCCCAGAAAGCGCUACCCAGCCUGGGAUGCGCACUUUGUGGAUCGGCGCCUGCGCAGGACCAUAAAUGUGCUGCAGUACAUUAGCCCCAACGCAGUGGGCAUCAGGUAUAGGGACGGUCCGCUUCUUUAUGAACUCCUGCAGUAUGAAUCUUCCCUCUGAAGGCAUCCUCUUCAGCUCGGUCACCUUCUCUUACACACAACGAUGCACAUGCAUUUCCUUUCUUUCAGCCUGCUCUUCCUCCUCCUCUUCACACAUGAUUUCUUUCCACGUGACUGUCCAAUCUCUCCCUCAUUCUACUGUGAUCAUUCAACUUUCCUGCAGGAGAUGUGUGUUUUGUCAAACCGAAAAUCUGUCAAAACACAGUCAUGAUUUAUUUUUCGGAGAAAAAAACAAAACAGCACAGAGCGCAAAUUAUGAACCCACAGUAUCUUAUGUGAUAUACAGUAUACAAAUGUCUCAUAUAAACCCCUCUGCAUACAGGAGGGUUCUGUAUGAGUGUGUAGAUAACAAAUGAAUGUUUCAUUAUGAAAUGUGUUUAAUGCAUUAUACUGUAUUGGUGAUUAACCUGUGAAUACUUGUGAAGGGCAUAUUGUAUGUCCCUGUGACAUGGGACCGACGCAAAGCCUGAUGGGAAUGAUGGAGGAGAAUCUCAGAGGGGGCAGGUCUUUGCACAUUCUAACAUUUACUGCCAUUCUUUAUGUAAAUCAUUGAAAUGUAUGAUAAUGUUUACCAAGUCCUUAGCCCAAGAAUUGAAAAGCACUGACAGUUUUAUCGCGAUACUGUAAAUUCUACAAAGAACACCAUCAAAAGUGUAUCUAAGAGAAGCUCCUCAAAAUGGUUUUACCAUCUGUGAGCUUCUGUGUAUCCUGACUGUACCAUUUUCUUUCAAAAUCCUAAAGGAUAAUCACAUCAUGUAUGGAAGAAAAAAGAAGCACACUGACCUUCAAUUUUUCUACAGUACAGACUGCCCUCCACUGGAGGCAAGCUGAAACAGCAUGCCUUACUUAAGUCAGUUUUGUCCAUAUUUACGAGAGCACAAAUUAUUACGAAAACCACAUUACGUGGGAAAAACACAAUGAAAAAUGAAUGUUAACUACAGAUGACAUGAGCACAAUUUUCCUAAAUUGGUGGGUAAGAAAUCAUAGAAAAAAACAUUCCAGACUUUUUCAAAGGUUGUAGGUUUCUAGUGAUGGAUAGAAGGGUACAGACGUACUGUAUGUUCACAUGUACAGAGCAAAGACAGCCUUCAAGGAAUCCUCCACCAUUCCCUUCUGAUUCCUAGAAAGUACAGACAUUUCCACCCACUGUUGUUUUGUUUUUUUUGUUUUCUUAUGAACAAAUGUUUUAGGUUGAUUAAUAUAUGCUUAUUUGGUGCAAAGAAAACAAGACAAAUGUGAAAAGAUAUUUCUAUGCUAUUAUACUUCAGUGCAUAUAUGUGUCCAUAUAUAUAGUUAUUAACAUAACAACUAUUUUUGUCAGAGCACACACUUUUUUACAUAACAAAACAUGUUGCAGUGUUAAAAGGUGUACUCCUUAACAUCAAUAUGCCCUUAAAGAAGUUAUACUCUUGUAUGGGUGUACAGGGCGACUAUUCUAGCACCUGCAGGUGUAUUUAAAGCAAAGCCAAAAUGCGUCUUAAAGUACUGUCUUGUCAAAAUGUAUCUGCCCCCUCCAACCACUAGAUGCAAUCCGUGCAACAAUGCAUGCCAUCUAUAGGCCUACUUUGCAGCAGUUAUACAUUGAUAUAGUAAUAUCUCCCAGCUGAACAUGCGGGAGCACACCACCUCAGACACUCACAGGAUGUCCACUGUAUUCAAUCAUGGUAAAAAUAUAUAUAAAAAAUCCCAAUAACAAUGCCUUCUGAGUCAAAGAAGCACAGGUUUCCAGAGAGGGCAAAUUAACAAUUCAUAAGAAAAAUUGUACGCAUUUCAUACACUAAUUUUACCUACUUACUUAAUUGUUCAUUUGAAUAUAUAAUAUGUGUUUUAUACAUUGUACUGUUUGGCAUGACUGUAGUAUGUGGCAUUAGUAAAAAUGCACCCAACAAGGGAGGCCCAACAGCCCUACACGAAAAAGAGAAUCCUUUUUCUGGCUGACUGGCGUUCUGCUUCGCUGUGGCCACAUGUGCCUGUUAACAUCGUACUGUAAAAAGCAGAAGCCAUGUAAGACCAGGCUAAAAGGUGAGAGGGGGGUUUUUUGCCAGGGUUGGAGGAGAACAUGAGGGCAGAUCAUGCUAAAGGGUCUGACUGGAGUUUGGGGUUCGAUUCCUCAUGUGGUUGCGUGAGAACGUGUUCCAGUAUUUAUGUACAACCUACACUCUGGUGUCAGAGGACGCUUGCAUGGUCGGUAGAGCAUGCACAUGCUUGUGUGUGUGUGUGUGUCUCCUCAGCCCUUUCCCACAGUUCUGUUCUCUCGCCGGUUGUUUGACUCCAUCCUUGGUUGCUGCUCUGCCCUCCUCCCAUCUCUAUGGUGCUGGGUGUUGGUAAGCUCCCGCAAAACACUCUCUCACACUCUCUGGUAACUGAACAACGGGGUUGAGGCUGAACAACUGGAGAUCCUGACAUGAGAACAUGCAAUGAGGUACACUGCCAUUACCAAGAGCUUCAACAUCCAGGGUCUGCCAGAUUCAGCUUAAAAGCGAUGUUCAGCCCUGAGUAAUUGAAAACUGUUGGGUCAGCUUAGGUGGUGCAAACAUUCAACACACCACGUGUAUGCAAACAACCAACUUGUUCACUGUUUACCAUAGUAGCCAGAGUAGUUCCCCUCUCUGUUGUAGUGAAUGAACAGCCAUGUUAAUAGUCGAUGAAUGAAUAAUAAGUAUAUCAGUAUUGUUAAACUAAAAAAACUAAGCAAAACAGCCAAUACAGGGGUUCCUCAGGACCAACAAACAAGACCACUGAACCAGCUGACUCAGGUGUGUCUCAAUGCAGUUCUCAUCCCCAGGCAUGUCCUCAAGGGUCUCCAUUUUUUUCCUUAACAUACUGCAUCCUGGACCACUCUUCGGCUGGGAUUUAAACUACUAAAUUAUAGUUUGCACUUUUUGGUUUUGGGAAUGAGUACUCAUUCUUAUUAUUGUGGUCGUUGGCUGCCUGGCAUCCUUUCAAGACACUGCUUUCCUUUUCCAGACAUGGACACAUGUCCAAAUCAGGUGCAAAUACACUGUGAUUCAUUGAUUUAUUUGUGUGUGUGCAACAACAGUAUUCCAUAGCAUCAUAAACAAGAUUAUAUACAGCUAGGCUGCAUUUCAUCCAGUGGUGCUUAAUGUCGUACAACACCGAAUAUUUAUGCUUGUGUAGUUGUGUCAUUUUAAUAUUAGCAAUGGCAGUUCAUUAAACUGUUUUUUAAUUAAGUCUACAAAGAGUCUACAUAUACAGGUCUGGAUUUUUAUGAUACAUGUGGUAUAUUUGACUUAUUUCUACAGAUCAAUCACCAGUUUCACUCUGUAUCCCUGAAAAUGAUUAGCUAGAAUGUUGUUAUUAAGUAGCUUUUGGUUUCUAAAUAUAUGUUUUCCUUUGUUUCUUUAAAUUACACACGGGUUUCUAGAGCUAAGCUACACAAGAGUGCAAGUAAAGCCAGCACUAUACUGUAAAGUGUAGUUUUCAGGCUAGCACGCUUUAUACCGUUAACAAUAUCACAGAGAAAUCACCUGCAGAGAGUUGUUCCUGUCAGGUUAUCAGGCCACCUCGACAUCCCUCAACAGCCACAACUCACAGCAAGAGCAUUUGAACAGCCAGAUUGUUCUUCUCAGUCCUUGUUGUGCCUUGUUACUUUGGGUGCUUCAAUCCAGCCAUGGCAGCCAGGUCCGCAAACAACAUAUGCCAAUGUCUUUCUUUACUCAUUUCAUGUGCCAGCACACUCACCAAGGUGACAACACCAAACAAUAUCCGCACCUCUUGCUCCACCAAACCUGAUCAAGCCAAGUCAGCAACUCAGCUUACACCUCAUUCCACUAAUUUAAAUGAGUCUGCAGGACUGCACUAUUACCUAAUUACAGUGUUCCAGUUAAACUUCACAAUGUGACAGAACUAAGUAAUCUGGGUACUUAUAUGAAACCCAAUGACUAGUUCUUUCAAAAACAUAGGAGAAAUAGUAAGGCAAUACUGAACAUCUUCUUUACAUGAACAUAGGGUUCCUCAUCUGUAUUACGUUUGAGAAAGAUGAAUCACGUCAGCUCAAGCUGAUUAAGUAAGUUAUAACUAGCAAUUAAAGCUUAAACGCAUUCGUUUUGGACUGUUUGGAUAGAUAGUCAGGUGCCAGCCAUGAGACUGGAUGAUUUGGUCGAUGAUUGUUCUGUACGUUUGUCUCUGCCUUCGCAUAUUUUCCUGUCUUGCAAAGCUGAAUGAUUUGUCGUGGAAAGAUGUGAAAUUUCUGUGUCGUUUGUCUCGUGUGAACAAUACAUUCUCUAGCCAAAACAAUAAUGCCUGCAGUUGGAAUAAAUGGUGGAAGAAGUCAGUGAUAACAAAAACAGGGAAAAAUCAAUUAUGUUACAUUUUUCUUAUGAUGGAAUAGUGAAACAAGGCCAAUCACUGAUUCACUUUGGAAUAACUUCAUCACCUGGUUUUCCAUCACCUCCCAGCAUGCCUUCAGAACUCAUUGUGAGGUGACCCUCAACAUUUAGCAUGUAAGUGCUCUUGACUGCACAACAAACACAGUGAUUUCUGCAUUUAUGUGUCGCAGCAGGCCAUUGUAAUAUAUGACUUGGUUUAAGUCUGUAUCCUUGUGUCAUGACCAUCUGUUUUGCAGAUGUGGUGUUAUGUUCAGAUGAUAAAGUGGUGCAUUCUCUUAUUUACUUUUGAUUGAUUUCUGUUAAUAACCUGGUGCUGAAGUAAUACAUUUUAACGGUGCUACCACUGUGGACGGCAGAGUCCGCUUUUUGGCUUUCUGAGAGCAUAACCUUCCAGCUGAGUGAGGGAACAUGCGCCUCACAGACCUGCAGACACAUGCUGAAGAGCUAGCACCUCAAACCCACACAGUUUACAGCAGAAUUCAACUCUCAAUGGUGCCAUUUUGAUUUUCCAAUCUGCACAAAAACCAAUAGUUACAAUACUGGUCAUGUUUAUUACAACUGUUUAAACAUACAGUAUGUUUUUUUUGUUUGUUUUACUAUGAUUCAGUCUACUCAAUGAUUUUAUUAUUAUUUUUAUUUCUCUGAGAGAAUGAAACUGGCAGAUGAUGAAAAUCAUCUUUUGGCAAAGGCACAGGAGCACAAAUGUACUUCUGCGA